GUCCACGCUUGGAGAAAGUAGGUUAGCAGGGUAGACUGAGAGGAAAGCAGGCGGAGAGUCACAGCGCGGAGGGGGGGCUGCCGAAACAGCGCUCGUUCACCGUGGGACUAUUCUGUCAAAAAAGUUGAGCCAAAUCUAUUCGUCAGUGCGCCGAGACGAUUACGAUGCGAUCCAAAGCGACUUUCUUCACUCUUUCAUUUUGCUCGGACUUGACCGAGCGAUAAAGGAAAAGAGUUUCGGGUAGUUUUUUUCCCCCCGGUUUUUUUUUUGGUCGUGCUUUACGAGAGCUGUCUGCAGCCGGGACGAAGUUAAUAUUGACAGAGCCAGUGUACUCUGGCUCCUGCGCUUUAUUCUGCUCUAUCCUGUCACCUACAGUUGCCACAUGUAGUCGAGUUUUCACCGUCCUGCCUAGAAAAAGAAAACAUCAAAAUGAGAGCUCAGAUCGAGGUCAUCCCCUGUAAGAUCUGUGGGGACAAGUCCUCAGGAAUCCACUACGGAGUCAUCACCUGCGAAGGCUGCAAGGGUUUCUUUCGUCGCAGCCAGCAGAACAAUGCCAUGUACUCUUGUUCCCGCCAGAGGAACUGCCUGAUUGACCGUACAAACCGUAACCGUUGCCAGCACUGUCGCCUACAGAAGUGUCUGGCUUUGGGCAUGAGCAGAGAUGCUGUGAAGUUCGGUCGUAUGUCAAAGAAGCAGCGUGAUAGCCUCUACGCUGAAGUUCAGAAGCACCAGAAGUCCCAGGAGUGUGUGGGCACUGGAGGCGGGGGCUCUACAGCUCUGUCCUUACCCAGGGAGGAUGGAGUCUGUGGAGGUAGCGGGGAGGAUGGUGAAGAGGGUCUGAGCCGUUCCUACAGCAGCGGGGGCUCCAGCUCCACCCUAAGCGACCUGGAUGACAUCGCAGCGCUGCCUGACCUGUUUGAUCUUCCCCUGACCCCCGAGGAGGCCAGCGAGUACUGCAGCCUGGAGCUGCUCGGAGGAGGUGGAGGAGCCAGCACCGGGAACACCUCCAACUCAUCGUCCUCUUCAUCUUCUUCCUCAUCCUUGUCCAAUCAGAAUUCCCCGCAGCAGACUGUACUGGACGGGGCAGACGGCAACGGGAUACAGCUCCUGCAUACACACUCUCACACACAUCUGCUGGGACACACACAUGCACUGCUGGACCAUCUGCCUGAUGACUGCUCUAUAACAGACCUUGAGCGCAUCACUCAGAGUAUCGUUAAGUCUCACUUGGAGACGUGUCAGUACAGCGCUGAAGACAUGAAGAGAUUCACCUGGGUACAAUACACACCAGAGGAAACACGUGCUUUUCAGAACAAGUCAGCUGAGUGGAUGUGGCAGCAGUGUGCACACCACAUCACCAACGCCAUCCAGUAUGUGGUGGAGUUUGCCAAACGCAUUGCUGGCUUCAUGGACCUGUGCCAGAAUGAUCAGAUUAUAUUGCUGAAAGCAGGCUGCCUGGAGGUCCUGCUGAUACGUAUGUGCCGGGCUUUCAACGUCAACAACAGCACCAUUUUCUUCAAUGGGAAGUUUGCUUCGCCUCAGUUCUUCAAAGCACUUGGUUGUGAUGAUCUGGUCAGUGCAGUGUUUGACCUUGGAAAAGGACUCUGCCGUCUACAGCUAUCUGACGAAGAGAUGGCUCUGUUUAGUGCUGCUGUCCUUCUAUCCCCUGAUCGACCCUGGCUGACAGAAGGCCAAAAGGUUCAGAAACUCCAGGAGAAAGUCUACCUGGCUCUGCAGCACAGUCUACAUAAGAGCGGUGCUUCUGAUGAGAAACUGGACAAGAUGGUAUCCAAGCUGCCCAUAAUGAAGUCCAUCUGUAACCUCCACAUUGAUAAACUGGAGUUUUUCCGUUUGGUCCACCCAGAGACCGCCUACAGUUUCCCACCACUGUACCGGGAAGUGUUUGGCAGCGAAAUGUCUCUGCCAGACUCCACCAACAGCUAGACAGACAGAUAAACAAAGAAGAGAGAUGGAGAGAGUGUAUUAAGAGGUAGGGAAGCAAGAGGAGAGACAAAGAAGGAUAGAGAUGUUGAAGCUCAACAACCAGCAGUUAAGAGACAAUCCAGGACUUUUAAUACUCCGUCUCCCAUGAUCCCAAAGUAGUCCUCCACUUUCCCAGCAGGCAAAGCACCUUACACUACAGACCACACAUGCUCAUGGUCCUCUGCAAAUUGUAGCAUUAACAACAAGCGGAUGGGCACCGUAAUACUAACACAGCAGCCCACUUAGCAUGUAACAGCUCCAAGCUCUAACACUUGUUUAAGAUCAGAUCCACUGUGGAUCACCCAACCAGUUAUGAAUGUACCUCAUGGAUAAGCACCAGUGCACACACCAGAACCCAACAACAGUGAAUGUACAACCCUGCCACUCUGAGACAGAGUUUUACACAUAGUAUUUGAAUGAAGUUGUGAUCAACAGGUCUCACUGUUAAUACUGCUCAAUAUAUCUCUCUAUAUUAAAUACAUCUCAGUAUGGUACAGAUUUGUAUUCAUACAGACAAUAUGCUUGUACUGACCAUCACUUAGGGACCAAGAUCAUGAGUCAUUUUCUCUGAUAUAGAAAGAAACACACAGAUAUAUGACAUGACUCAUGGCUUAGGCUGACCUCCUUCAUCAGCUGAGAACCAGUUUCACACACAUUUAGACGGUGUUCGGUGCUGCCUUUUUGUAGGCUCUUGUAAUGCAAUGAGAAACCUCAGUCCCACACACCCCUUUCCUUGUAAAUGCCACUUAGAGACAGGACAAGAUGAAAUUAUCUUUAAUUUAUAUACACAUUUAUAAACAAAUAUUUUAAAUAAGAAUGUAAAUAGAUGACUAUAUAAGUAUAUGGAGAGAGUUAGAAUGUGUGUUCAGUUCAGUUCAGAGAGAAAGGGAGAGAAAAGUGGAUCGUAAGAUGUAGAGGACAAAAAAAGAUGGAUGCGUGAGGAUAGCUGAUUUUUUGGACUCAGAUCUUUUUCUGGACUAUUUUUCCUCUCCUGACAGUACUCUCAGGUUUCGGUGGCAACAACUCCCUCUUGCCAUGACGGCAAACCCAGCUGGGUUAGGUGCAGUCAUCACGCAAGCAAUGGGGUGGACACUUGUUGCAGAUACGACACAGCAGGGGAGGCAGUGUACCCAAACAAAGGCGAAAAAACUUUUCCAUUGUCUUGCAUUAAAACUGAGAGCUUUCAGUCUGCGCUGUUGCUGCUGUCUCCCUGCCUAAAGAGACAAGAGGACAAACAGGACACUACGGAACAGAGAAAGCAAGGCAAAAGAUGACUUCAUGAACUGUAAAAUAAAAGGGGACACACAGCCCCCCCCCCCUUUCUAACCAGCAGUCAGAGGAAUAGGUGUAAUAUAACUGUCUUUCAUUCAUAAUGUUUCAGUUGGUUAAAGGCCGGGACGACGAUGGUCCAUAAUAUGUAUCAUAAACCCUCCCUGCUGGUUGGAGCAACUGUAUUAUUUUGUACAUUUGCUGUUCCCCUCUCCUUUAGUCCUAAACCCAACACUUGUCUGAAUACCAAGCACUUAUACUUUCAUCUUUCUCACUGGACACUAGUCUAAGGCCAGACAGAGCUACCAGCUGCCCCCCUGAGUUGGGCCUCAAUGCCAGUAAGACUUAACAGUUUUCGGUCAAUCUGUUUUAUUAUUUUAGUUUUUUUUUUUUCUACAUCAGUUACACAAGGUCAGCCAUACCUGUUUACAUUUUUCAUGUGCAUAAAUAACAUGCUUUCUAAAGGUAGUAAUAGCAUUCAGAUGAUGAUAAUGUCUUACUUGGGGUGCUGUGAAGUUCUUGAGCAGAGUCUAAGGACCUGCUGUUUGCCGCUCAGGGAGCUAGCUGUGAUCUCUUGUCCCUUUAUUACCAGUGUCGUCUUUUAGCCUUGUACUCCUCACACCUUUGCACCUAAGAUGAGACCCAUAACCAUAAUCACUGUGGACGUAAGUUCUAUUUUUGUGAAUGUUACUCACAAAGUGUCAAAGCCCUUCCUGUUUGUCCUAAUAUUGUAACAUUAAAUUUAAGAGACAUAGGAAUUAAAAAGAUAAAAAAUAAAUAAAUCAGUUAGAUUUAAAAAUGGAUUUCAUUAUUGGGAUUUAAUGUUUCUUUUGCUGUGAUUUUCAUUUAUUUGUCAGUCUUUUAUCCACCUUUUUCUUUACAUGUCUCCACUUUUGUCUUGUAAAGUCAGUGAUCUAUUUUUUUUAAUUGAAGAAAGAUUAGGAAAAGUACAAACAAAAAACAAUAGUUUGUCUCCCUUCUCUUUCCCUGUAUGACAAAAUGUACAAGAGGUAUAUUACUAGUCCAAGAGUAACUGAGUCACACAGCUCGAUAUAUAUUGUUGUCCAAUGGGAUACCUUAUAUGUGGUUUUAAGAAUGUAAUAAAUUGUUUCUUUUUCUUUUGAAA